GUACAACAGUGACAUCCAAUUACUUGUAAUGUUAUAGUAUUUAGAUAGAUUGAUGACUAGAAAAAAAAAGUAAAUAAGAGAAAAUUGAUGGAGAAUUCUUUUAGUUCAGAAUAUUGGCUUGAAAGUUGUGAUGUGAAUCAUUAUUUAGUCCCACAGGUUCAAAAUUACUUACCUCAAGAGAGAAGAGAAAGUGCUUCUAGGAGUCACAGUGAAGCUGAAAAAAGACGCAGAGACAGAAUUAAUGCACAGCUUUCUACUCUCAGAAAACUCAUUCCUACUUCUGAAAAGAUGGAUAAAGCAGCUCUAUUAGGAAGUGUAGUUGAUCAUGUUAAAGAUCUGAAAGGCAAAACAGCAGAAAUCAGCAAAGUUUUGAACACUCCAACUGAUACCGAUGAAGUAACAAUUGAGCAUUUAAAUGAGGAAGAAGACAACAAAGGAUGCCUUAUUAAGGCCUCUUUUUGUUGCGAUGAUCGACCUGAAUUAUUCUCAGAGUUGCAACGGGGAAUUAAGAAUCUGAAAUUAAGAAUGAUGGAGGCUGAUAUUACUAGUUUGGGUGGGAGAAUUAAAUGUGUUUUUAUGCUCUGUCCAAAUGAGAAUUAUGUAAAUGAUGUUUGCAUGAAUUCUCUCAAAAAAUCACUUACAGUUGUCCUCUCUAGAAUUGCUAUAUCUCCUUCCACAUCAAAUUACAGAAUUAAAAGCAAGAGGCAGAGGUUCUUCUUGCCUGCUCACUGUUCUUAAUUUUCAUCUUUUUGUAAAAUAAUCAUGCAAUUUCACUAUUUUGACAUAAAUUUCAAAUCAAAAUUUGAAAUCUCA